AUGAAUCAAGAACUAAAUGGCUACAUAUAUGACUAUCUGUAUAAAAAUAAUUUAGUCAAAACAGCCCAGCAGUUCCUCGCGGAAACUCAAUCGAAGCCGAUACAAAAUGCGCUGCCAGAGCCUACGGUUAAGAUAGAUACACCGAAAUCAUAUCUAUUUGAAUGGUUUAUGAUAAAUCUUGAGCUGCAGUAUCAAAAUCAAUUUAGAUCACCGAAUUACUAUGAAAUAAACUAUAAUCUCCAACAGCGGUAUGAUAUUUCACAGAAGAAGUACAUGAUGAAGCAGAGGGUACAGCCACGGCCAUAUCCGGGGCAUCCAAAUGCCGGGGGCGUAGGAGGAGCGAGUGGAGCAGGAGGAGCAGGGGGACCAGGAGGAGUAAAUGGAACGCCGAAUGCACACAACAAUGCCCAGCAUACACCGAACCCAAACAACACGCCAAUGAUGAGACCUGGAAUGAAUGUGAAUUUGGGGAUGGGUAUGGGUAUGGGAAUGCCGUCUAUGCCGCCCCCACCGAUGCCAGGCCACCAUCCACAACCAUCACCCCAUUUGCAGCAUGCACAAGUGCAGGCACAAGUGCAAGCGCAUGCACAGGCACAAGCGCAGGCACAAGCUCAGCAACAGCAACAGCAAGCCCAACACGCCCAACACACAUCACACUACCAGCCACAAAUUAACGGAUACUCGCCAGCGGACGAAUCGCCCAAGCAGCGCGUAACCAGACAGAACAAGCGGAUUAAUAAGAAGAGGAGGUCCAGGGAGGAUGAUGAUGAAUCGUUCAAUAACGACGACGGAGGAGCGACGCCAUCGCAGGAGAAUCAGUCGCCUGCCAUCACACCAAGUGAGAUAUUGGCGAAUAUCGAUAACCAGCAACAUAACAGCACUCCAAGCAGCGCGGAGCAGCCGAGUGCGAGUGGUGUAGGUGGUGUAGGAGGUAUAGGGAAUUCUGGUAGCAGCGGUAACGCAGGAAAUACAGGAAAUACAGGAAAUACAGGAAACACACCAGCACCUUCAAGUAACCCUCCUAAUCCACCCACUCAACCACCACCACCUUCAGAACACCACGACUCAUUCUUAGACUUUAACAUGCCGAAUGAUCUACCGCAAAUGAAUGAACUGAAUGAAAUUUUUAAUGAUCCGUUGUCUUAA